GCUUCGUGAAGACGAACUAUUUCCAGUCUUUUCACCUGACGUAGAUUUAUAUUCACAUAAGAUGAAGUUUACAUCAUACAGCGUUCGAAUUCAAGAUGGCGUCCGAAAUAGCUUUGUUAACAGAUGAAGAAUUACGAACGAAAUUACGCUCCUUUAACCUGCGCGAUGGCCCUAUUACGAAAACAACGAGAAAACUUUUUGAAACCAAGCUGGCUAGAGCCAUGGGCGGUAAUAAGCAGGUCGACAAACCGUCUGAAACUCAGAAACAAGAAGUCGAGAAUUUAUCCGAGCAAGGAACGAGUCGAACGACCAAUAUUAAUGGUUUCAUAGACAAAUUAGACAGUAACCCCUGUGUAUCUGAUUGCCCAAGUACAAAAGAAGAUAGCGAUCUUGGAUUAGACUCAGUUAAUCGAAAAAUAGGUACAUUCUAUGGAGUUUGCUUACAAGUAGUCAGUGGAAGUGAAAAUGAAAGUCUGGACUCAAAGCGUAUUUCAGUUUUUACAGAUAGAACUGAAGCGCUGCAUUGUGUUAAAAAGAACAAUGGUGCUAGAUUUAGAGCCUUUAGCACCAGAAAUGAGGCAGAAGCUUUUGCAUUGGCGAAGCUCCACACACCAUCUCGACAGUCUUCUCAAGAGCUUUCGCCUUGUCCGGCUGAACCCACUUCAGAGUAUAAGGGCCCCAAACGUGGAGAGAUUACUAAUUUUCGCAAACUCAUUGAAAAAGGAGAGGUCGAUAAUAUCGCAAAGGUUUUAUAUGGUAAUCCAAAGUACUUGAUCAGUUCGGGUGAUACCCCAGUCAUCAUUCAGGAGGGAUGUCAUUAUAACGGCAUGCAUGUUGCCGCAAAGGCUGGUCACAAGGAUAUCUGCAAGUUAAUUAUUAAUACCCUUAGCGACGAUGAAUUCUGGAAACUGAUGUAUCCGAUUAAGGAGAAGAGUGUGAAUAAUUAUCAGCUGAAUAACAGGAGGAAAGCAUUUCUGUUGGAUUUGUAUCUUAAUACGCCGGACAAAGGGGUGAGUGGAGGGAAUCGGUAUUGCAAAUUAUGAUCAUAUAUACCACCAUGAGAAUAGGCAGUUGCGAUAUCGAAAAAAAUCGAUAUACCGAUAUCGAAAAAAAAUCGAUAAUAUCGACUAUAUCGAAUUAUGCAAAUGAAGCCACAUAAUUUAGUCAACUUGCAUGUAUACACAUUACAAACAGUUAAAAAAGAAGUGCAUGAAACCAGUCAUGGUACGUCUCAAAGAUUUAUUAACAACGGUUUAUCCGUCAUCUCCAACUCAGCUUUUAAUUUCAAUUGCCUACACACUUGUAUCACAAAUUCGCAAUUGCACGCCAUGCAAACGUUGUCUAAACUUCACUGAUGAAAACAAUAAUUGCCGAAUAAUCGGAGAUUAAGUUGUUUAGUUACAACUUUCGAUAUUUUCGAUAUGCGAAAAAUUGAAUAUCAAAUAUCGAUAUUUUUGAAAUAUCGAUAUUUAUCGAAAAUAUUGAUAUAUCACAACUGCCUACAUGAGAAUACUGACCAGUGUACCAGUAUUUUUAACGUUUUUAUAAGGAAGUGGUUAUUUGCCCGGCCACAGAAACCAACAAGCUUUGGCUACUGUAUUUAAUGUGGCCCGGCCACAGAAACCAACAAGCUUUGGCUACUGUAUUUAUGAAUUAAUUUAAUUGGUUCAUUUCUUUGUUCUGUUAGCUUUCUAAAAUGCUAUCAAGUCAAUUUCAAUAAUUUUCUAGCAAAUCCUCGGUAGCCGAGCAGUUAUUAGGCGCUUGCCUUGCACAUGCUAGCUCCAUGGAUCAACCUGCGAGCAGGCGGCCUGAUUAGUUAGGGAAAGCAUUAGGUGCGGGUUAUACUAGUUCUGCAAGGGUUAUAUUAUUUUGUGUUAUUGUUCACUCGGGAAUAUGAUAAGAAGAAUUGUUUGGUUUUCGAACCUGCGACCAACAAGUUACUAGAUUGUUGCUCUACCAACUUGCAGAACUAGUAUUGUUCGAUGCUGAAUUAAUAUAAACGAGUAUGUUGAUGACAUUCAGUAUAGACAUUCCGUAUUAUAGUUCAAUGAUUAACUUUCUAAUAAAUUCUGACCACGGUAAAGGCACAAGUAUAUAAUGAUCAGGUUAUCUAAUUUUCUAUGACAACUUUUUCUGCCUACCACAAUGACUACUGUACUGCAUACUGUAUAAGAAUAUAUCCCUGCCCAAUGACUAUAUUAUAUUAUUUUGUGUUAUUGUUCACUCGGGAAUAUGAUAAGAAGAAUUGUUUGGUUUUCGAACCUGCGACCAACAAGUUACUAGAUUGUUGCUCUACCAACUUGCAGAACUAGUAUUGUUCGAUGCUGAAUUAAUAUAAACGAGUAUGUUGAUGACAUUCAGUAUAGACAUUCCGUAUUAUAGUUCAAUGAUUAACUUUCUAAUAAAUUCUGACCACGGUAAAGGCACAAGUAUAUAAUGAUCAGGUUAUCUAAUUUUCUAUGACAACUUUUUCUGCCUACCACAAUGACUACUGUACUGCAUACUGUAUAAGAAUAUAUCCCUGCCCAAUGACAUAUUGUGUGUAUUGUUGGCAAAUUUAAUAAAUUCAAUUCUGAUCAAUUUAAAUUCAACACCAUAAGUCAUUUGGCAGCGCUCUAAUCAACUGAGCUAUAGGGGCCAGUUUAUGAAAUCCUGACAUACAAGAACCUGUGAUUAACGCUCGACAUCUGGCCUCUGUAGCUCAGUUGGUAAAGCCUCCAUUAUAGUAAAUUCCUUGAUCUACAGUAGGACAACACAAGACUGUUCCAGUUUUGAAAUAGUACCAUUAUGAUACUACCAUUAAUAUUCUAGGCUGGUUUGAAAUAUGAUACCUACUGUACUUUAGAUAAGAUAAAUAUUUAGAAUCAUAGUAUAGAAUGAUAGACUAUCAUUGUCUUUACUAACAAUAUAGUCUGGUACUUUUGUAAAUGUGGGAUUUUUACCUCAGUAAUGCGCGUGCAUGUUGAAAAUUGCACCUUUGAGUCUUAAAUUUGGGUGUUGAAAUUUCUGUACAAUUUCAAAAUUUUAGGAGCUUGCAUUUAUGGGUAUACUCUAGCUGCUAUACCAUGUCAUGUAUGGAAGGUGAAAAAUAUUAAUUUGCCACAUCUAAAUUGUCUAGGGUUGUGAAACACCUUUACAUUUUGCAUGUAAAUUCGGUAGAGCAGAUGUCGUUGAAUACUUGUUGUCGUCUCCGGGUGUUGAAAGAACUAUGCCAAACAAAGAGGGGAAAACAGCAGAACAGGUAACUCUUUACUUUUGCAUAUAUGGUAGAAUUUGUACAUAACAUGCAUUUGGGCCAUCUAAAACCUCUACUGAGCUACAUGUACAUUUAUCUCUGAAUAUAAACACCCCUCUUGAUCAGUAUUGAUCAAAUAUGUUCUCCUCUCUUCCCCAUUGCAACUAAUAAAUACAUGUGUAUUGAUAAGAAUUCAGGGCUCGAAAUAACGUUCCCAACGUUCCCGAUCAUGGUGAUCGGCAAUCACGACUUUUUUCCGAUCAAAUGAAAAUCUGACCGAUCAGGAGCCUAAGUUUCCUUGAAAAAAUUUCUAAAUAUGCUAGUAAAUACACAUCUGAACAGGAAGUUUUUACUUUAUUUCAAAUUCAAGUUUAAAUCUACGACAUUUAUGAACUUAUGUAUAUAAUACUAAUAGUGUGGCUACAUUUAACAUGUAUUAAUAAACUUUAGUUUAUUAUAACACUUUUCAAGUUUUAAUUAUAGUUAUUGCACUUUUUCACACAAAAGCAAGAAACACACUUAACCCAGCAAUAAUCAAUAUUAUCAAUUAAGAACUAAAACUUAUUAUUUAAUAUUAUUAAAAGAGAAAAUCCUACUGAAAACAAAAAUCCUACUCAAAAAAUCCUAUUAAUUUGAAAUUAUUAUAACAAAAAUGUUCGUUGUCAGCGGUGCAGAUUGGCAGAUUGCAGUCUGUUGAAGAGACGACGAUAUUUAAAAAUAUUCGGAUUGCAGUCAGAGACGACAAUACUUCAUGCAAAUUUGUUUUAUAGUAAAUUACUUUAGAGCGAGAAUAGUGCUGCGGCCUUUCCUGUCGUAUGACUCGUAUCAACUAAUUGACAAGAAAGCUUUUUGCGUGUUUUUGAAUGUGUAUUAUGUUUUAUUUGUCUUUUACCGCGUACAGGUAAGCAUGUCUUUUAGACAAUGGUCAAAUAUAUUUCUGCCGAUCAAGAUGAACGGCAACGUUGCUUCUUCGCCGAUCAAAAACAAUUUCCUGCCGAUCAUUGAUCGUUGAUCGGCCGUUAUUUCGAGCCCUGGAAUUAUUUAUUAAUUUGUUGUAACUUCACGUUAAUUUAUUGUAUUGUAUUUGUUUGUUAUUGGGUUUUGGCAAAAUCAAUAAAUCUCCUCUCUCUAGGUGGGAGAAUCUGGAUUUAGGUCUCAACUUACAUUUUCUGAUUACUGUACAAUAAAAUUUCAAUGGGAACUGUCUUUUUUACCGUUCGUGAAUUAUGUUCUUUAAGAUGUGUUUGUCGUAUGAAACAGUAGUACCUGUACAGUAUGUCUUUAACACUCAUGACUCAUUAUACAAGAUAUAAACUUCUGAAGUAAUCGUAGUAGUUAGAUCUUACAGGAUUAAAAACACAUUUCUACUACAUGCUAUAUAUGAGUACUUUCGUUUCGAACUGUUCCGCUGUAAUUUCGGUAUCGGAUUAGUAGAUUAAUUUGGUAAUAAAUGUAUUCAAUUAUUUCAAUAACCAGGUAUUUACUACUUAGUAAUUUAUAUAUUCAAUCAGUGUAAUUUUCGGAAUUAUAGCUAUCAAACAUCACAAAUGUGUCUGAAAAUUCCUACAAAAAUGCAGAUCCCCCAAAAUGUUAGGGCUCCCAGGUUCCGAUACGAAAAUGCCGUGGAUCAUUGCGGCAACGACGGCAAUUUUUUGCCGUAUAGUGCAAUUGUUAUACUAUUCACUGUGCAUUACUAUUUUGAUUCUUGAAUUCAGAUGUUGAUCAAAUCAUGCGUAAAUCAUUAUUUUAGUCUCAGUUUUCUUCGAAAAAAAAAACCAACUAAAGAAAUUUAAAAUGUAAAGUUUUAUUACAGUAAUUGGAAAAAUGCCGUGGAAACUGUCAGGAUUGCCGUAGACAGCUGUUACGUUCUACGGCAAUUUUUAACGCCAUUGCCGUCGAUUGAUUUCAGGGAAAUUCGAGUCCUGAUUAUACUAAUACAUGGAAAUUCGAUUUGGGAACAGAUUUAACGUGCGCUUAUUAAGCCUAGUUUCCAUUUGGUCGUUAGUUGUCGCUGGCGCGACAAGUGGCUGAUGUAAUAGAGUGUCAACAAAACUUUAUAAAACUCUGCAAUCAUUAAGACCGAUUUGCAUAUAACACACAAAAAGACCAUUGAUAUUAGACUAUUUCACAUCUACCGCUUGUCGUGCCAGCGACAACUAACGACCAAAUGGAAACUAGGCUUUACAAAGUGCCCAACUGCAUGGGUUGAGAUACAGUAUAUAAAUAGAUAGUUACAUGCAUACACUGUUUGGAUGCAUACACUUUGCCUUCUUAUAGCUAAAAGUUGAAAGUAAAUAUGUACAGUAAUUAGUUCUUUGUAGGUUUGCAUGGCGAUAAAACAUAUAUAAUACUUUUUGUUUGUGGAAAUAUCACGUAAAUUUAUUACUGCAUGCAUUAUGAAUUUUUGAUCUAUAUGAUUAUGAAUUUAUGAUCUAUAUGAUUAUAAUGCAGUUCUGUACGUAGUAAAUUUACGUGGUGUUUCCACAAACAAAAAUAUUAUAAAUAUGGAAUUCUUCUACAGGUUAUCUGUGCUCGAGUACCGAAUUGUGAUGAAGAACUACGCUCAAGAAUUCGACGCAUGUUCCACAAGCCAGGUGAUGUUUCCAACGUAUUCUUUUCACUAUUGAAGGGAUGGCUAAAUAGAGUCUUGCAGCUAAAUAAAGUUUCACGUUACUUAUACAUAAGAUAUUUAGAUAUUGAAAAACUUAAGGCAAGCUCUCGCGUAGUGCCAGGUCGUUAUAUGACUUCUUCAAAGCACAGGCAGGGACCGGUUUAUCAGUCACUUACAGUAGCUACUUUUCAACUAUCGGUUUUGUACUAAAUUUUGCUUAACUUUCAUGACCUGGUUAAAUUGUUGUACAAACAUGUGGUCAACUAUACACGUCUACAUAUACGUCGUAGGGCAGCCCUAUAGAAAAUAUAUUUCUCUUCCUGGUAAAGUACAAUAAAAUAAAUCUUUUCUGUGUAAGUCAAAUAUAAAACUUGCCUAUUCUCGGUAACUUCCUAAAAUGUAGUUAAUUGCCAUUUCUAUUUAUCGAUUACACGUGUGUAUGUACAAUACAUUUUCUAUCACAAGUUUUUUGUUUUCCCUUUUGACCGCAACUAUAGCUAUUAUUGCAUGGCCAUGCUCAAAUAGAUCGCUGACCAACCGCAUUGAAGUGCUCAAAUUACUUUUCCAACUUUUCUUUGUUGACCCAUACAGACGAACACAAUUUGUACAAGCAGUGGCGGAAACUGGGGGGGGCGAUUGUCCUCCCCCAAUAAUUUUAGCUAUCUUUCAUUUUGAAAAAUGUAUCAUAUAUACCUGGCCAAUAAGAAACUCCCGUAGCCUGAUGACGUCAAAAAUCAUGCGUAUAGGUGCAAUUUUACCUUUAGAAUCGAUUUCUGGAAUUUCCCGAAUCAUACGAUAGAAACGUCGCAUUGUUUUGACGUUUUGAAAUUGUAUUUCCGGUUGGGAUUAGCCCACAGUCGGACCAGAAAUGGAAAUACCGUGAUAAAGAUACAAAUUUGAAGAUAUAGAAAAUGGCACUCUAAAUAGUGUUUUUGAUAGCGAUUCGAACAAGACUGUUACAAAGAAGAUAGUUCUGAAGGGGCUGAAGUUAUGUAUUCACAAGUGCACGUAAGUUCAGACGAUAGGAUACUAGCUUUUGAAAAAAUGUGUUUAAUUGUCAAGGUGAAAACUGGGAAAGUUGCGUAAUACGAGCAAAUAAAACCUGUCAUAGAAAACGUGCUAUUUUAAAACGCUAUCAGUUUGGUAAAAUAUUUAGAACAUUUUUUUUUCACAGGAAGGCUGUUCGACGCCAUAUAUGCCAUACAGAUGACUAACGUUAUUCCGAAAAAGUGUGUAUAUGCUGGAUACAUACACAAUCUAUUUUAAAAAAAUGUUCUUUUUCCAAUCCUGGUCAAACCCGCUGCGACACUCUAUCCAAGCAUUCAUCUGUGGCUUUUUUAGUAUUAGACCGGUAUAAUGUACUCUUUCCUUCCCCUGCCCCCCCAAACAAUGUGGGAUAUAUUACAGUUGCUUUAAUCCUCGGGGAAGGGGGGUGGGUAUAUAAAUUUAAGUCUGCAAUACCAAAUUCGUGAUUUAUGCUUCACAGCGAGUCAUUGCAUGUUUUGACCGGAUUGUGAGUUGAGAACGCGUCUUAUUUUUUCGUCCAACAGAAAGCGUGUGCGUUCCAAUUUUACGCUCAGAUGACAAUUGCUCCACCGCCAAAAUUGGAACUCUAUGGUCUCCAGGUUUGCAUGAAAACAACGAAGAUGUCGUGGAUGCAGGAGAUCCUGGUGAUCCAAGAUAUAAAGUUCGUGCAUAUGCCGGACCUAUGUCACCACAUGAGGUAUGCAAAGCGUUAAAGGUAUUAAUUGGCAAGCUCGUUGCUAUUUCCUAGGAAUAGUAGAGCGUAUUGUUGAUCACAUAUACCAGCCCACAACAGCACUUAAUGGGAGUUUACAUUGGUGGAAAUUGAUGUCACAACCGUAGUCGUGGUUUCCUUAAUUAAGCCGUAGUCGUGGUUUCUCGUUCAGGAUUCAGAUCCUUUGCGAUGUUUAAAAUAGACCUCAUAUUGCUGAUCGUAAUCCAUUUCCAGCCAACAAAUCUAACACAAAACCGAUGCUUUGAAGCAAAGCAACAUGUGCGCCCAUGAUUAUAGUAUAGCUAUAUCGUUCCUAAAAAAAAUAUACAACAAGUGUACACACUCUGCUCGGCAGAGGAAUCAUAGAUACAAGUAAUAUAGGAAACAGGUUAACACUGCCACGACUCCAAGCACAUUUGUAAAAUAUUCUGGAACUGGUUUGAUAGUGAUUUUAAAAUAGCGGUUAAUUUUACUGGGAUGUCCUGGUCAAGACUAUAUGAGGGGUGUCAUUUACAUCGCAAUGUUUUUGCGUUAAUAGUCUUUUUCUGGUAAUGCAUAUGCAUGGUGAAUUGUGUUGAUAUAUUUCUUGUUAUGUAGGCGGAGAAAUUUUAUCAUGCGCUACGCUCUCCCCGAGCGACACCUGACAAGCAGGCAAAGUUUCGAAAUAUAAAAAGGAGCGACAGUGAGAAAGGCUUGGAACGAGUUGCAAGGUUUGUUUUCCGGUCAUAUGUCGCAUUUUCGUACCUGUUCCUGGUUAAGAUCUAAAAUUGUUGAUAAUCUUCCAUCGAAAUUUCUAUCUACAAAAACCCAUCGUCUGUUAGUUCUAUCGAGCAAUAUACCCAAAAAUCUCGAUGUUGUACUUUGUCAUGCAAUUCACGAACUUUACUGUUCUUUUGCAGAAAGUUGGCAAAAUCCCAAAAUGUUUCAUGGUGUGAAUACUGGAAAUUCCUGGAUUGCUUUACCGACUUCUCAACGAGUGAAGGAUUAGAAGAAUUGGAAAAAUAUCUCCGGGCAAGGACUGAGGCCCACAGAUCAAGCGUGAAAAACGUAGUACCUCUAAAAACACCUGUCUCCAGCAAGUGCCCGUCUGUCGGCUCACUUCGUGGACUUUUGAACGGAGAUGAUGUUUUCGAAGGCUUGGAAAGCACGCCAAAGUCUGUUAUAGGUCAGGUGCGCGAAAUUGGCGCUGCACCUUGGUCAAGAACUAGAAAGGCCAAUAUAAAGAACUUUCGAAACCGCUUGAACUUAGACGAAUCAUUGGAGAGUAACGAGAAUGCGCAAUUAGAAACUAAUGCGGAAAGUGGAGCAAUGGACUUGUAUAGUAAUCUGGGAAAUACAAACGCGCAACAAGAUGAUAAAGCUGAUAUAAAAACAGAGCAUGAUAUUAGUAUUUGCGAGCAACAACAAAAGAACGAGAAAAGUUGUAGCAGUACAAUCGAAGGACAGUCUCCCGAUUCUCCGCACACUGAUACUUCAUCUCCUGAUUAUCUCAAAGGAUCUUUAGACAAUUCAAAUUGCUCUGAAGACUCGCUAUCAGGGCUUAUUCCAGAGUUUCGGAUGUUGAGUCUCGGUGAAAUCUCAAAAUCCAGCGGAGAAAAUAGUUGUGCGAACGUGGUCUCGAAAAGUUCACCGACUCAAGACCGAGACAAGCGUGAAACAGAAAGCACAGAGAGGAUGGAAGAUACUUGCUUGUUCAUUGAAGGGUGA